GACUGCACUAUUCAGUUCUACUGUGAAUGACUGUGAAAAUAAUCAUUUUGCUCGAAAUACGCGCACUAAUUAUACGUCUUGGAACGAGAAAUGAAAAGAAGGCUUACGUAAGAUAAUCUCACUUCAUUACCACUUCUAUCGUGGAACUAAUUGCCUGCAACAUAGUGGAUCAGGAAAACUGAUAACAAAUGGACGUGAGCGAGCGGAUAAGCAUAUAUUUUACCACGGCAAGUCCUUGGAACCAGAAACCUGUAUCCAAGGUUGUUAUUAAGAAUGUCAACUGGCAUGGCGAUUCUCUCACCGAUACUACUGACGUUAUUAUUGUUAAUUCUGUCACAUGGGAAGGAUGCUGCAGGAAUCUUGAACACAAGCACUACCGAAAAAAUAAGCAUGCCGCUUUUCGACAACAGCAGAGGAUCAUUAGCGCGAAAUGUGCGGAGAGUGCGGAAGCUGUUUUUGAUUUGGAAUUAGUAUUUAAGUUUUACCAGAUCAUCGAGUGA